UCUCAUUUUUAAUUGUGCUUAGAAAUUUUUCUGUUUUUAAAUUAAAAUUUAAUUGUAGAAAAUGUCGACUCAACCAACAGAAGAAGUUUUUGAAAAUGAAUUUGAUGAGGAUGAACUUGAAGUUCAACUUGGUUCUACAUCUGCUGGAAGAAAAAGGUUAUUUAGCAAAGAGCUUCGAUGUAUGAUGUAUGGUUUUGGGGAUGAUAAAAAUCCAUACACUGAAAGUGUUGAUUUACUGGAAGAUCUAGUAAUAGAAUUUAUUACAGAAACAACACAUAGAGCUAUGGAAAUUGGUCGAACGGGCCGAGUGCAAGUUGAAGAUAUAAUUUUCCUUGUUCGAAAAGAUUCAAGAAAAUAUGCUCGUGUUAAAGAUUUGCUUACCAUGAAUGAAGAGUUAAAGAAAGCUAGGAAAGCUUUUGAUGAAAUUAAGUACGUUGGAAGUGAAGCAAAAAUAAAAUGACAAAAAUCGAAGUAUAGUUCUUAAAUUAAAUUUUUAUGUAGAUUAUAAUUAAAUCAUUUGAAAUGUGACAAAAUUUGGAAAAAUUAUAUAUCCAUACAAUAAAAAUAGGGAAAUACUACAAAUUUCGAAAUUCUUUAUGUAAUAUGUAAAUAAGGAUGUUAUAAUUUUUAGUUUUAACUAUUAUAAGAAUGUAUUAGUUAUAAAAUUUGAAUAUUAAAUUCACUUGUGUAAAUUUUAUUGAUUAAGUAGUUUUUUAAAUUUGAAUAAAAAGUUUUUAGAUAGCAUUAAAUGAAGUAUGUAAAAUGUUUGCUAAUGAGAAGAAGUUUUAUGAAAUCUUAUUUGGAAAAAAAAAAUUGGAAACUUAUAAAUUUGAGUUGUUCAAAUAACUAAUUGGAUAGUUAUUGAAUAGUUAGAUGUACUAUUAAUUAAUUAUGUCUGAAUUUGGUGCAAACCAUUUACCAAGUCAAACGAAUAAAACAUAUUACAAUGAAUUUCUCAAAUAUUAUGAUUUUUAUUAGGUUUAUAGUAUUAAUUAAAUUCCCGACGAAAAAGUAAUUAAAGAGUAAAAAUAAUAUACAUACAUUAUACUACGUAUUAUAAUAUAUGUAAUAUUGGUAGGCACAUAUGUAUAUGUACACUGUAUAUCUUAUAAUAUUAAUACAAUGGA